UUGACAGGAUAAUAUAUUUUCCCUUUUUGGCAUAUAUCUGUAGAUAAUUUUGGGUUUUUUAUACAGAUAAAAAUAAACAAACAACAAAAAAUUGUUGAUGGAUAUAGCGACAGCUCCCUUUCACCACCGACGACGUCGUCUCGUUAAACCUCGGCAAGGUUUCUCCGAUGCUAGCAGAAGCGCAGAAGCAGCUGCUCUCUGUGCUCUUCGUCUUUGGGCUCUGACUAGUUGAGCUCUGCCCGGGGGGAGUGAGAACGGUAAGAUUCGGGCAGAACGAUGGCGGUAGAGAGCUACGUGGUGGUGCACAACAUAGCCAAGCGCCACAACGUGGGGACGCUCGCCCGGAGCGCCACCGCCUUCGGUGUGUCGGAGCUGAUCCUCGUCGGCCGCCGCGACUUCAACGCCUUCGGGAGCCACGGCUCCACCUCCCACCUCCGCUUCCGCCACUUUCACUCCCUCCUCGACGCCCGCUCCUUCCUCAAGGAGAAGGGUUGUGACAUAUGUGGUGUGGAAAUCACAGAUGGCGCUGUAGCUGUGAACGAGCACCCCUUCAAGAGGAGCACCGCUUUCCUUCUCGGGAACGAGGGAACUGGUCUUUCCGCCAAAGAAUGCAAGAUCUGCGACUUUUUCAUUUAUAUCCCUCAGUACGGGUCUGGCACAGCUUCGCUGAAUGUUACAGUUGCAGCUUCCAUAGUUCUGCAUCAUUUUGGAGUUUGGGCAGGCUUUUCUGAGAGAACUCGUGAUGGUAACAAGUUUGUUGUGGCUGAGAGACCCGUGAAGCAGGGUGGAAAAAAUUUCUGUGCCGAAUCAGUAGAAGCUUUGAUCGAGGAGCGAAAAUCCAGAAGGGAAAAUGGCUCUGGUGUCUUUGAUGAUACUGCAAAUGGAAACUCAUCCGAAAACCUUCUUGAUUCAUUGUUCAUUGAUGAAUGAUUCCGAGGAAAUGAUGUGGCCUCGAAAUACUAGACUUGGAUCGAAACUAGAAGGAAAAGCAAGUAGUUUUGGAGUCUACUCUUUAGCUAGUGAUUCCGGUCAGAGCGAAAACUGCCCAAUGUUCUUCCAGAGUGGAGCUUGGCAUUGUGUAUGCCUCAUUUCAAUGCAGGGAGAAGUGAAGCUCAAUUCGAUUGCCUGUCAGCUGGGAGAUGAACUUUGAAAAGUUUUUCCAAUACGAUAUCAACCCAGUUGUUAUUGGGGGUGUACUCUUUUCUUCUAUUAUUCUUGCUUAGUUUGCGAAUAUCGAGUUUAACACUAUUGAGUUGUGCUGAUUAGUUGCUUGUUCA